CUUCCCUCUCUCCUCUCCCUCCUUCCCUCCCUCCCCCCCUCGCCGGCGGCCCCGCCGCUGGCCCCGCCGGCGCCCAAUGGCAGCGGACGGCGGGGCCGCGGCAGCGGUCUCGGGGCCCCGGGCGCGCGGGCGGCGGCUGAUCGCCGCGGCAGGUCGGGGGAGGCGAGGGCGCGCCCGCCUGGAGGCGCCGCUGCCCAGAGGCUCCACUCCGCCGAGACCGCGACGGAGAUCGCCAAACUGCUCCGGGGGCUGUCGGCGCUCGAUUGGGGCGGCGGCGUCCUUGGGGACCCCGAGGUCUACGACGCCUUCCAACAGCUGUACGACCAGGUCGGCCACGUCGCCAAGCGCUCCGCCCUGGCCUCGAGGACGGCCGAGCAGCUGCGCGGCCGGUGGCUGUCGCUGGUGGAUGAGGUGAGCGAGCUGGAGGGUCGCCCGGCUUGCUUGCUCGGCGGCGGUUGAAACGUCUUGUGGGGGCUGAGCAUUCCUGCGUCGCAGCGGCGCACGAGGAUAAUGAGAAAAAGGCGAUUCAGAUAUCCAGAGGAUGAUGAUGAUGAUGAUGAUGAU